AUGGCUCUCCGGCGCAUCGCCGGCGCGCCGACGUCUUCCUCCUCCUUCAAGUCCUUCACUACUGUUCUCCCACUGGCAGCGGAGACCGCGUCCGCCUCCCCGUCCUACCUUGCCCACCACCUGCUCGACGAAUUCUCCCGCCCGCGCGCCUCCCGCGACGGGGAGCGCCUCCGCCGCCUCGCCGCCCACCUCACCGCGCCCGCGGUGGAAUCCGUCAUCGCGCGGCUCCCCUCCUGGCGCCACGCGCUCGACUUCUUCCGCUGGGCCGACGAGCAGCCGGGCUUCCGCCACUCCUGCUACUCGUUCAACGCCAUGGCCUCGCUCCUGCGCCGCCGCCAGCCCGCCCACCUCGACCGCCUUGCCGCCGACGCGCUCGCCGCGGGCUGCCCCAUGACGCCCGGCGCGCUGGGGUUCCUCCUCCGCUGCCUCGGCGACGCCGGGCUUCCUGACACUGCCUCUCGUGUCUUUGACAGCGCGAGGGCGCGCCUUAGCUGCACUCCCAACUCAUACACCUUCAACUGCCUUCUUGACGCGCUGGCUAAGGCCGGCCGCGCAGACGACGCGGAGGCAAGGCUCCAGGAGAUGCUGGUGAAAUGCGGGGAUGGAAGUGUCGACAAGUACACCCUCACCUCACUCCUGCAGUGCUACUGCAAUGCAGGCCGUCCAGAUGACGCCAACGACGUGUUCCAAAGGAUGAGCCAGCAAGGGUGGGUGGACGAGCAUGUGCUGACGAUGCUGGCGGUGGCGUUCAGCAAGUGGGGGAAGGUGGACGGGGCGGUUGACCUCGUGGGGAGGAUGGAAGUGUUGGGGAUGAGGCCGAGUGAGAGGACACUUAGCGUGCUGGUCCAUGGGUUUGCAAAACAGCGCAGGAUCGACAAGGCCAUCGAGAUGUUUGACAAGAUGGCCACUUAUGGUUAUGUUGCCGAUUUGCCAAUGUACGGCGUGUUAAUUGAGGGUCUCUGCAGGCAGAAGCAAAUAGGAAAGGCGGUGAAAAUAUUUGAGGUAAUGAAGAGCAGUGAGGUUGUUCCUGAUGUCCGCUUACUCAAGAAUAUGAUUGAGGCUUUCAUUCAUGAAGGAGAUUUUGACAUUGUUGGCCCGUUUAUCAUUGAAAAUGCUGGGAAGUUGAAACCCAGUGAUGUUACCACACUGUACAAUGUGGUUCUACAAGGUCUUGUUAACCACGGGCAGGUAGAAGCAGCUUAUCAGUUGCUCACCUCAAGGUUACGUGGUGUUCAGGGGAUUAGUGAUGGUUUGACUGUUGGUGCACAUGUGUUCGAUAUUGUGCAGGAUGUGAAGCCAAACUCUGAUUCCUUCAAUAUUGUUGUGUGUGGCCUUUGUAAGGUUAAGAAGCUGGAUGAUGCCUUAGCUCUCGUAAAGGAUAUGGUUGGCUUUGGCAGCAAGGGAAAGCUAUUGAUGUUUAAUGAUUUGAUCCAUGAGUUGUGCAAUUUAGAUAGGUUGGAUGAAGGAUACAAAUUGUUUAACCAAAUGAAGGAUCUUGGUGUGAUUCCUUCGGAGUUCACAUAUAAUUCAUUAUUUUAUGGCAUUUGUAGGAGAAAGGAUCCAAAUGGUGCCUUUGAUUUACUGAGGGAGAUGUGCACCAAUGGACAUAAACCAUGGAUAAAGAACUGCACAGAGAUGGUGCAACAGCUUUGCUUCAGUGGCAGGAUAACAGAAGCUCUUGGCUUUCUAGAGGAAAUGCUCAAAAUGGGUUUUCUUCCUGAUAUCGUGACAUACUCCGCAGCCAUGAAUGGACUGUGUAAAACCGGUGAGGUGGACAAUGCUUUAGGACUCUUCCGUGACAUUUCUGCCAAAUUUUAUCUUCCUGAUGUGGUAGCACAUAAUAUCUUGAUAAACGGGUUCCGUGUAUCAGGUAAAUUGAAUGAGGCGCAAAAAAUUAUGGAAGAGAUGUUGGAGAAGGGUCUGUUUCCUUCUGUUGUUACCUACAAUCUUAUGAUUGAUGUUUGGUGCAAGUCUGGCAAUAUUGAAAAAGCUGUUGAUUGCUUAAAUAAAAUGGUUGAUGAAGAAAAGUCGCCCACAGUAGUUACAUACACAAGCUUGAUAGAUGGAUUCUGCAGUGCUGGAAGACCUGACGAAGCCAUUGUUUUGUGGCACAAAAUGAGUGCUAAAAGUUGUGCUCCAAAUAAGAUAGCAUAUACUGCUUUUGUAAAUGGAUUGGGCAAGUGUGGUCGAGUAGAGACUGCACUGACCUACUAUGAGGAGAUGAUGACGAAAGGUUUUGUGUUAGAUACCUUUUCCUGCUUAUAUUUUAUAAAUGCUUUGAUAUCAAAUGGGAAUACAACUAAAGGAUGUGAACUUUUGAAAGAGGUUCUUCAAAGGGACAUGACACAGGGUGAUGAUUUGAAAAUGGUAGGAUUGAUAAAUAAAGCAGUUGAAGAGUUGUCUAAAGAUGAAAGAACUUCUCCAGAGAUCAGUAUACUUGUAGAGAAAGGUUUAAUUUCAAGGGCUCAAACUAUGGGCAAGAAAGAUGGAAACAACUGA